AUGCCUUCGAAAGACUCAGGGAAAGCCGAAACGGGGCUUGACGAAGCACAGCAUGGUUCCGUCUUUUCGGUCUCUGGACCCGUCAUCGUGGCCGAGAAUAUGAUCGGCUGUGCUAUGUACGAGCUGGUAGUAAAGGUUGGAGACCCUGUUCUUCGGACUGGAAAGCCCUUAACCGUCGAGCUUGGGCCCGGCCUGAUGGAGACAAUUUACGAUGGUAUCCAAAGACCUCUCAGGUCCAUCUCUACCGUUUCGGACAGCAUCUACAUCCCUCGAGGUAUCUCUCUACCCGCCCUUGACCGAAAGAAGAAAUGGGAUUUCAAACCCGGCAGCUUCAAGGUCGGAGACCAUAUCACCGGAGGAGAUAUUUGGGGAACGGUGUUCGAGAACAGCUUGCUCCACGACCAUAAAAUCCUUCUGCCACCCCGUGCCCGAGGUACGAUUACACGUAUCUCCGACGCGGGUAGCUAUACUGUAGAAGAGAAACUCCUCGAAGUCGAAUUUCAAGGGAAGAAGACGGAAUACGGCAUGAUGCAUGUUUGGCCCGUCCGAGUCCCUCGUCCUGUUAACGAGAAGCUUGCGUCGGAGUCGCCUUUUAUCGUCGGUCAGCGUGUUUUGGAUUCUUUGUUUCCAAGUGUUCAAGGCGGGACGGUUUGUAUUCCUGGCGCCUUCGGAUGCGGCAAGACCGUCAUCAGCCAGAGUGUUUCCAAAUUUUCUAACAGCGAUAUUAUCGUUUACGUCGGCUGCGGUGAGCGAGGGAAUGAGAUGGCCGAAGUCUUGAUGGAUUUCCCAGAACUCACAAUCAACGUUGAGGGUCGAGAGGAGCCCAUCAUGAAACGUACCUGUCUAAUUGCGAACACAUCCAACAUGCCUGUGGCAGCUCGAGAAGCGUCUAUUUACACAGGCAUUACUGUUGCUGAGUACUUCCGUGACCAAGGAAAACAUGUGGCUAUGAUGGCAGACUCUAGCUCCCGAUGGGCUGAAGCAUUACGUGAACUGUCAGGCCGUUUAGGUGAAAUGCCUGCGGAUCAAGGUUUCCCGGCAUAUCUCGGUGCGAAGCUCGCGUCCUUUUAUGAACGCGCCGGGCAAAGUAUAGCCCUUGGCAGCCCAGAGCGGAAGGGCAGUGUCAGCAUCGUGGGCGCUGUCAGUCCGCCCGGUGGUGAUUUUGCGGAUCCCGUCACAUCCAGCACUCUUGGUAUUGUUCAGGUGUUUUGGGGUCUUGACAAGAAACUCGCCCAGCGGAAACACUUCCCAUCAAUCAACACGUCGAUUUCAUAUAGCAAAUACAUCCCCAUCCUCGACAAGUACUAUGCCAAGGAGCAUCCCGAGUUCCCUCGACUACGGGACAAAAUAAAGGAAUUAUUGACUAACUCUGAAGACUUGGAUCAAGUCGUUCAACUGGUCGGGAAAUCCGCGCUGGGUGAUCCCGAUAAGAUCACCCUGGACGUCGCUGUAUUGCUGAAGGAUGAUUUCCUACAGCAAAAUGGUUACAGUGAUUAUGAUCAAUUCUGCCCGCUGUGGAAGACUGAAUACAUGAUGAAGGCGUUCAUGCAGUUCUACGACGAGAGCCAAAAAGCCAUUGCGCAGGGCCAGAGCUGGGCCAAAGUGAGAGAAGCGACAAGCGACAUCCAAACUGCUCUUCGGAAUAUGAAGUUUGAGAUCCCCGAUGAUGAGGAGGCGGUUUCGAAGAAGGUAAAAACUCGCUACCUUAUGAUUUAUUCUCAUGGGCUCACGCUGACACUGUCCACCAGUACGAGAAAAUCCUCCAAGAUAUGUCCGAGAAGUUUGCAUCUGUUUCCGACGAGUAAACCUUUUAUGUUCUUUGGCUCAGAGCGGCCCUUUUUUUGGUUCUGGCUUCUGUAG